UUCAGCGAGACUCAGUUGACACUGUGACAUGUGUCUUCGAUGUGCUCCUGGAGAACCGCCUCGAUUAUCAAUCCCGUUAUUUGAAUUGUCAAGGGAGAAGGGAUUCAUGAUUAUCAUCUCGUCAUGACGGAGUCGCGGGGGAAAUUGUGCUACGAGAACAAAGUUAUUUUGGCGCCUAUGGUGCGCAUUGGAACGCUCCCCAUGCGGCUACUCGCCCUCGACUACGGCGCCGAUAUUGUGUAUACGGAGGAGCUGGUAGAUUUCAAAAUGCUGAGGUCGAUACGGCGGGAAAAUGAUGUUCUCGGAACAAUCGACUACGUCGACCGCACGGACGGUACGAUAAUCUUCCGGACAACCCCCCGGGAGUCCUCCCGGGUGGUCUUUCAACUAGGCACCAGUGACCCCACCCGCGCCCUGAGGGUCGCCAAACUGGUUGAGCAAGACGUUGCCGCCAUCGACAUCAACAUGGGCUGUCCGAAGAGCUUCUCCCUGAUGGGAGGAAUGGGCGCAGCCCUCCUCACCCAAGUGGACAAAGCCAAGGCGAUCCUGGAGACCCUUGUUAAAGGCGUCACCAUCCCGGUCAGCUGCAAGAUCAGAGUCUUCGAGGACCUCGAGAAGACCCUAGAUCUGUGCAAUGCACUGGUCUCCACGGGGAUCUCCGCAAUUGCUGUGCAUGGACGCACGGUCAAGGAGAGGCCCCAGCACUCGAAUCGGAACGAGAUGAUUCGAGCUAUUUCCGAACACCUCUCCAUCCCAGUAAUUGCGAAUGGCGGUUCGAAGGAGAUUGAAAAGCACUCGGACAUCGCAAAGUUUAAGAAAGAGACCGGCUGCAGUAGCGUGAUGAUAGCGAGAAGCGCCGAGUGGAACUGCUCAAUCUUCAGGAAGGAGGGACUCCUCCCCAUAGAGGACGUCAUCAAGUCCUACCUGAAGUACGCCAUUGACUUCGACAAUUCCCCCUCCAACACGAAAUACUGUGUUCAGAAUAUCCUGAGGGACCUUCAGGAGAGCCCCAUGGGCAAGCAGUUCCUCGCGGCCCAGUCGCUCGAGCAGAUUUGCACUGUCUUCGACAUGGACGCCUACUGCAGGGAAAAAUCAAGAGAGUUUCAGGGCAAGGGGCUUCAGGGGCGAUUUCAGGUCGAGCCCCUGAGAGAUGGCGAUAACACUGAUAACAGUCUUAAGCGUAAGCGCGAGGAGGGGGACGACGAUGUGACGCUUAAGCGUUGCGCAUUUCUGAGGAACGGUUACACCAGUGAUGCUGAAUUACCCAAGACGAGGCUGUUAAAGUGGCUUAGGGACAAUAAAAAGAAGGAUCUGCCUGUUUAUGAUACGUGGAGCGAGGAUAAGCUGUUCAGAUCGAUUGUCACUGUUGAUGGGCAGAAAUAUAGCUCUACUUUUUGGGAGAAGAACAAGAAGUGGGCCGAGCAAGGAGCCGCUCUAGUCUUCCUCCUGUCCAUCGGCCUCAUCGACGAGGGAAGUCUCAUCGAGAAAGGCCACUUGAUGAGAUGAUGCUGGCGAUUCACAGCUGUUACACUCUUGUACAUAUUGACGUUGAGAUUGUCUCUCUGAUCUCUGCAAUUAUCAAAAUAAAGCUAUUGCCGUUAACACA